AUGGUCUUAGACAAAGCGCCGCUGAGUGUGCACAAUGGCACCAUGACGAAAGGCUUUGAGGAGAUCAAUCCAGCUGCCAACGCCGCUGAUGACACAUCGACUCCCCCAACACAACAUCCGCAACAUCAGCAACAUCCGCAACAUCAGCAACAUCAGCAACAUCCGCAACAUCAGCAACAUCCGCAACAUCCCCAACAUCCCCAACAUCCGCAACAUCCCCGACAUCCCCGACAUCCCCGACAUCUCCAACAUCCCCGACAUCCCCAACAUCCGCAACAUCCCCGACAUCCCCGACAUCUCCAACAUCCCCAACAUCCCCAACAUCUCCAACAUCCCCAACAUCCCCAACAUCCCCAACAUCCCCAACAUCCCCAACAUCCCCGACAUCUCCGACAUCCCCGACAUCCCCGACAUCUCCGACAUCCCCGACAUCCCCGACAUCUCCAACAUCCCCAACAUCCCCAACAUCCCCAACAUCCCCAACAUCCCCAACAUCUCCAACAUCCCCAACAUCCCCGACAUCCGCGACAUCCCCGACAUCCCCGACAUCCCCGACAUCUCCGACAUCCCCGACAUCCCCGACAUCUCCAACAUCCCCAACAUCCCCAACAACAUCCCCGACAUCCCCGACAUCCGCAACAUCCGCAACAUCCCCGACAUCCCCGACGUCCCCAACGUCCCCAACGUCCCCAACAUCAGCAACAUCCCAACAUCCCCAACAUCUCCGACAUCUCCGACAUCUCCGACAUCCGCGACAUCCCCGACAUCCCCGACAUCCCCAACAUCAGCAACAUCAGCAACAUCCGCAACAUCCCCAACAUCACAACAUCCCCGACAUCCCCGACAUCCGCGACAUCCGCGACAUCCCCGACAUCCCCAACGUCCCCAACCAACAUCCCCGACAUCCCCGACAUCCGCAACAUCCGCGACAUCCCCGACAUCCCCGACAUCCCCAACGUCCCCAACGUCCCCAACAUCAGCAACAUCCGCAACAUCCCCAACAUCACAACAUCCCCGACAUCAGCAACAUCCCCGACAUCUCCGACAUCUCCGACAUCUCCGACAUCCGCGACAUCCCCGACAUCCCCGACAUCCCCAACAUCAGCAACAUCAGCAACAUCCGCAACAUCCCCAACAUCAGCAACAUCCGCAACAUCCCCAACAUCAGCAACAAUCCCCAACAUCCCCAACAUCCCCAAAAUCCCCGACAUCUCCGACAUCUCCGACAUCCCCGACAUCUCCGACAUCCCCGACAUCUCCGACAUCUCCGACAUCCCCGACAUCCCCGACAUCCGCGACAUCCCCGACAUCUCCGACAUCCCCGACAUCCCCGACAUCCCCGACAUCCCCGACAUCCCCGACAUCUCCGACAUCCCCGACAUCCCCGACAUCCCCGACAUCCCCGACAUCCCCAACAUCCGCAACAUCCCCGACAUCCCCGACAUCCCCAACAUCUCCAACAUCUCCAACAUCUCCAACAUCAGCAACAUCCCCGACAUCCCCGACAUCCGCAACAUCCGCGACAUCCCCGACAUCCCCGACAUCCCCAACGUCCCCAACACAUCCCCAACAUCAGCAACAUCCCCAACAUCUCCAACAUCCCCAACAUCCGCAACAUCCCCAACAUCCCCAACAUCUCCAACAUCACAACAUCAGCAACAUCCCAACAUCCCCGACAUCCCCGACAUCCGCGACAUCCGCGACGUCCCCGACGUCCCCAACGUCCCCAACGUCCCCAACAUCAGCAACAUCCGCAACAUCCCCAACAUCAGCAACAUCCGCAACAUCCCCGACAUCCGCGACAUCCGCGACAUCCCCGACGUCCCCGACGUCCCCAACGUCCCCAACGUCCCCAACAUCAGCAACAUCCGCAACAUCCCCAACAUCAGGAUUAUUUUCCUCUUUAUUGCCCCUACUAAGGAACUUAAGACAGUGGCACCUGAGCAACCGGACCCCUCCAGGAUAGAGGUGGUUUCAGUGACGGAGGAAGACCUCCCCACCGUUGAGACCCCCAACACACUGAACGUCAGCCCCCUGGGCAGCUUUGUCUCUGUCCUCCCAAACGAGAACAGUUCUGCAAAACCUGAAGACACCCAACCUCCAGCUGCACCCAGCCCCAUCAUGCCAAUCACCAAGGUGCAGCCAUUUAUGCACGGUGAGCCCCUCACACUCUUCAUGUCUCAGCAUGAAAAGGAUGAUCUGAAGCCAGGCUGGAGGAGCAGACUGCUGGCUCACCGGCUGGAGCUGCUGCUCGCUGCCGGCCUCGUCCUGCUGCUCACUCUGGCUCUCGCCAUCGGCCUCGGAGUGGGUCUGAGCUGUGUGGGGAAGUUCCGGUGUGGCUCCUCCUCUCAGUGUAUCAGUGCGUGGGCUCAGUGUGACGGACAGCUGCACUGUGACAACGGGGAGGACGAGCUUGGCUGUGUGCGUCUGAGUGGGAGCAGCUCUGUCCUGCAGGUGAGCGGGGGGGGUGUCUGGUGGACGGUGUGCUCCGAGGGCUGGAACAAUGUGCUGGGGGUGUCGGCCUGCAGGCAGCUGGGAUACUCCAGGUAUGUGGAGUCCUUCUUCGUGUCUCUGACCUCCAUCGCGCAAGAUCUCCAAGACAACCUGGUGUCCAUCAACCUGAGCCAGGCACAGACCAUUAAGCUCCACAAUGCCACAGCCUUCAGUAAGACUCAGUGCAGCUCAGGGAAGGUGACCACCCUGAAGUGUCUGGAGUGCGGAUCCAGGCCCCAGUACAACACCCGUAUCGUGGGGGGGAACAUCUCCAGGCCGGGGCAGUUCCCCUGGCAGGUCAGCCUCCACUUCGUCAGUGAACACCUGUGUGGAGGCUCCAUCAUCACAUCCCGUUGGGUGCUGACUGCGGCACACUGUGUGUACGGGUUUGCAGACCCCUCCAUGUGGGCGGUCCAUGUGGGUCUGACGGAGCAGCCGGUGCAUGGCGCGCAGUCUCUGUCUGUGGAGCAGAUCAUAUACCACGCUCGCUACAGGCCUAAAGGACUGGACUACGACAUUGCACUGAUGAAACUGGCCACGCCACUUGAUUUUAACGGCUUUGUGGAGCCCAUCUGCCUGCCAAACCAUGGGGAGGAGUUUGAGGAGGGCACCAUGUGCUGGAUCUCUGGAUGGGGAGCCACUGAGGAUGAAGGAGAGACCAGUGUGGUUCUGCGUUCCGCCAUGGUGCCGCUGCUCUCCACGAAGACCUGCAACCAGCCGGAGGUUUACCAGGGCUUCAUCUCCUCCUGGAUGCUGUGUGCAGGAUACCUGGAGGGAGGAACCGACUCCUGCCAGGGCGACAGUGGAGGUCCUCUGGCCUGUCAGGACUCUGUAUGGAAGCUGGUUGGUGCAACCAGCUGGGGGAUUGGAUGCGCUAUGAGGAACAAACCAGGCGUUUACACCAGCAUCACACAGUCGCUCAGCUGGAUCCGCCAACAGAUGGAGAGAGAAGAGGCUUCUAACUCUCCAGCUCUGAGCACAGACAACUGAAGCACCAUGUGAUUACUCAGUUUGGAUGAUUCCACAUGACAGGACUACAGAGAUAAACAAUCACAGCAGAAUGGCAGAGGGUUUAAUCCGCACAUACCUGUGUGGAGGCAAAGUGUAAGGAACAGAGACGGGGAACAGCAGAGAGUUAGGCAUCGUUUAUUCCAAAAUAGAAAGCUCUAAGGCAAAACAGACAAGAGAAAAGUGAACAACGCUUCAUAAAAAGCAAGUGAGGAACCGAGAGCUCGACGAGAGCCCACCCAGUGUCCCCCCCACCCUCAGCUGCACCAAAUAACCAUUCCAGGCCUCAACUUUACAAGAGGAAAUGAACCAGAUACUGCAGCUGUUGACAGACAAUUGUUGUACAGUACAAUGUUACAGAUUUUCAAACAAGAGGCACCCUAUUUGUGAAGUAAUAACAUAUUGAUAGAGAUGUGGAGUCUCUCACUACAUUUGAUUGUAGUGGCAGGGGGCCACAGCAUCCCUCAGGCCGGCGCUCAACUUAACACCUGCUCUGUUUUCAGCACAGCAUCUACGUGUACAUAAAUAAAAGUUUAACACGUGCAAAAAGUC